AUGAAUAACUUAUAUACUGCAUUAUCAUUAUCUCUAAUAGCCAAUAAUAAGAGAUUUGCAAUAUCUUCAUCCAAUUCAAAUAUUACAAUUCCAUCAUUUAAACAUCAAAUAUUACAACAACAAUGUAAAUUUAAACCUUCACAAAUAGCAAUAAUUGAUUUAUUACAAAUACAUUCAACUAUUGAUUUAAUUAAUCAAAUGGUUUAUUCUGAAAAUGAAUGUGAUGAAUAUGAUGAUGACAAUGAGAAUGAUGAAACCGAAGUAUAUCUUAAGAAUAUUAUCAUUUGGCAGAAUGUUCAACAUUUAUCAAUAAAUCAACAUAAAUCAUUAUACAAAUUAUUAUUACAAUUAGAUGAAUAUGAAAUGAAUAUUGCUAAAUUUUGUACUCAUAGAUUACUGACAUCUGUAGCUAUAACUAUAGAGAAUCAAGAAUUUAAAAUUAUAAAGCCUGAGGUAUUCACAAUUAUAUGUUUCUUAGAUUAUAAUCUAUAUCAAUCUCAUAAACUAUACAUAUAUCUAAAGGAGAAAAUCUGGUUAUCAAUCAACUAUCAUGACGAAGGAGCCAAUCAAAUAUCGUUAUCGCCAUUAUCUGAACCAUAUCUAGAUUAUAUUGUUAGAUUAAGGAAACAAAUGUCCGAAAUCUAUGUAGCACCAGAUAUCAAACGAUAUAUAUAUUCAUUAAUAGUGCAUAUUCGAUGUCAUCGACUAGCUUCUAUAUCACCAAAACUGGUCAGAGUACCUACUAUGACUUUCGAUUAUAUUACUGAUUUCUGUAAGGCAUUAGUAUUAUUCAAAGAUAUCCCAGAACGAUUCGUAACUCCAGAUUAUGUCAAGAUUGCAACUAGGAUAAUUGGAUAUUGGUUAGUUGAUUGGGAAUAUAAUCGAAUGUUUUCAGAUACUAUAAAAAAACCACGACAUAUAGAUGAAGAAGAGGAGGAAGGAAAUGGUGAUGAAGAUUCAAGACAAUUGGAUUAUUUAAAACGAUUGCAGAUCACUAUUCUAAAUGGUGAUUGGUUUGGAUGUGAUUAUUUCUUUGUGAAUGAGUAUUUGAAACAUUCGAAAGCGCUAUUUGAUAAUGAGAGUCCAACUGGGUAUAGUAAUAAAAUCAUUGAGGAUGCUCUUACUACUGUGAGACCUCCUUUGUAA